AAUUUUUAAAGCUAUAAUUGGGCUUUAUUCCAAAAAUAAUUUUUCUUUUAUGCAAUUGAGAGCUGGCAACGUUCGUCGACAUAACGAAAUCCGGCAUUUCUUGAAAAGUUGUGGCUUGUAUAAUUUCGAGAUGGCAGCCCAUAAGACCUUUAAAAUCAAACAGAAGCUAGCAAAGAAGAUGAAACAGAAUAGACCUAUCCCACAGUGGAUAAGACUUAAAACUGGAAAUAGCAUUAGAUACAAUGCAAAAAGGCGUCACUGGAGAAGAACCAAAUUGAAACUUUAAAGAAUUUUGGCUCUUCAUAAGGAUACACCUUAUGAAAAAGCACAUUGCACUCUGUUGUUAAAUGUACAUGGAUAUGAUUUUUAUUAUUUUUAUCUUUUUUAAAAUGUGUACAGUAAUAACUGAAGUUCACUUUUGUGUAAACAGAAUGAGGACAGUAUCUUACAGAUUAAUGAAACAGAUUCUAAAAUAAUUAUAAAAAUAUUAAUGCUAAAAUUGUUUGUAUAUUUAAAUAUUUUUGUUAAAAAAAUAAUACUGGUUUGAAUAUUCAAGUCAUUUGGAAAAAUGUAAUGUAAAAUUGAACUGUUAAAUUUCAGAUAUGUAAAAAAAUAUCCAUAAUAAAAUAUUAACAGAGGG